UUUGUGGAGCAAGCCCGCUUUGUUUUGUGUCGCUGCCACCAGGUGGCGACCACGGAUUGCAGCCCUGUGCCUCUGGAGCGGCACGCGGCCCUGCUGGGCUCCGUGGUGCUGGGUGAGGAACAGCUCGGUCCAAAGAGGAGCUCCGGCUUCGGCACACCGACGGGCUGAAGUGCUCUUCUGCACUGAGCUGCUGGAGGUGAGCUGUGCAGAACAGCGCUGUGCCUGCGGAAGGCAGUUAAGCAGCGAGACUAGAGAAGGAAAGGAGAAACACAUUGAAUUUAUCACCUCCCAGGAGCAGCUUCCAUACUGCGGGGAAGAAUGCACUUGUAUGGAGGAAGCAAGAACUGGGCUUUGCCAGCAGCUUUCCUCCUCGCUAUGGUUUACGGCUGCUGUCUAGACUGGGCCACUGAGCUUCUGUUCAGCAGAUGCUAGGCUGUGCCAAAACAGCCUCUGCCUCAACUUGCAAGCUAUGCUGACAGUGUUAAAUGGGAUGUUCUUCCCCGUCAGCCUUCUUUACGGUGAAAUUUUUGAACUGAAGCAGCAAGUGCCUUAUGUGGAUUUAGCAAAGCAAAGUAGCAGAAGAGAGUUCUCCAAACCUCAAGUGCUCCUUCAGUGCAAGGCAUAGGGCUGAUGAGCUCCACCCCACCUGCCAGGCACUGCUAGGCAUGAGGUGGCUGCUGCGUGAUGGCAGCUGUGAACUUCUCCAGGCCUUAAACCUUGCUCCUUAUAGGAGAUGCGAGGACAACUUUAAAGAGGAACCUGUACCUACCUACCAAGACAGAACGCACUGAGUGAGUGCUGUAGAAGCCCGCUUGCUCUUAUGGUUCCCCUUCUAGAGCCCCCAGCUGUAUGGAAGCUGCAGCGGGCUGCUUGAGCUCCAGCACUCUUGUUCCUGCAGACUCUCUCACUACAAGUCUUGCAAUACUGAGGCUCUCUUUUCCUGCUGAUAUCGUGGCUCUUAAGACUGUUUUGAGUGUUCAGCAAAGAAAAGGGCCUUUAUCUCCCAGUGCUGCUGGUAAAGUGGAAUAAGCAGGAAUGGCUCUUGCAGCUGUAAAGCUCCAAGUGGAGCUGACUCCUGGGUUGGCUGAGCAUUUUUUCUCUCCCAAUGACUAAUCCUCAAAUUAAGCCAGGCUGCUUCCAAGCUGAGAGCACUGAGUACUUGUUCUUCCAAACCAUGUUCCUGUGCAGCGGCAGAAAACAGCUGAUGAAGCUGAAUCCUAAACCCUCACAGACAUUGGCGCUCUGCUUAGGCAGGAAUGGAUACUGCUGAUGUAUCUGCAGGGAUGCUUUGCCUUCCCAGCUGGUCCCUUCUGACUGCGCUGGGAGUCCUGUGCUGAUAGCAGAGACCCCAGAGCGUCCCUGCUUAACAAAGUGAAUGAUGGGAGCCAGUGAUGGGGGAUGAGCUGCACAGCAGCCAGCACCUGGGGACAGAGCUGGCACUCACUGAGCACUCGAAGAGACAGCCUUGUCUGGAGCCACGGCACAGCUAUGGAAAUUAGCGUGUCUACUCUUUGAAACAGAACAGAACAGGAACCAACAGCGUGACAUCGUGCUUUCAUUCCCUGCCUGCUUUUAAACUGGAUAUGGAGGAAUCCAUUUGGAGUUGUUCACUGCAGAAAAUGAGGAGAAAAAGACGGCAAUAGCCAGAAUCAGGAAAGAAAUGUGCGAUAAUUGCCUGCCACUGCCUGUGCAGAUGGGCCAACCAGGGGCAGAGCAUGCAGCUCUAAUUCUGAUAGAACCACACUGUACUCAUGUUUGUGUUCACAAAGAUCUUUGCAGUCCAGAUGACAGCCCCACUCACUCUCCUGAGAUGCUUCUGACCCCUUCUGAGUUCAGGGUUUCCUCUGUGAAAUCUCCAUGCUUUUCAUGCUGUUAGACUAAAAUAUAACACCACAUGAAACCGAUUACUUGGAGAUACAUAUUCUGAGAAAUGAGCUCUCAUGGUGCGUGUCUGGGACCCUUUGUGCAAGGAAAACCUAGCAGUCCAUGCUUUGUUAAGGGAAGACUCCUCUUUUCUUGCAUUUGUCCAGCAACGUUUUUAAACAGAAUGAUUCACAAAAUGAAUUGUUUGGGGGCACUGUUUCUCAGAUGAGGAUUCUGAGAAGACUUUUGUGUCUUGUGUAAUAAGAAGCAGCAAAGCUUCUUACUCCUUUACGCAUCUUUCUGAUGUGGGGCUUGAUGCCAGCAUCAAAAUUCUGUCCUUUGCUGGACCAAAAGAACCAUUGGCAGCUCUGUGACGUUAAUUUCUGCAAGGCUAAGUGAUAAUUCAGGCAGAUUAGUGAAUCGGUCUCAUGCACUGCAGUGAUCUGAUCUCGUGGCUCCUUCUAGAAAUGAAAUUCUUCAAUCCCAAACAUAUAUUUUUCCUAUCAAAACGCCAGACAUAUGUUAGUGCCAGCAAGAAACAUGGCAGUGUGUUGGUUCUAUCCUGGUCUGUGAUUACCAGGACAUGAGAAACCAGACCUUGGGUGUGGAGUUGCUUUGGGAAUGCGCAGGAGAAACUUGCACAGAUGCUGUGCAGGUCUGCGUGAAGCUGAUCUCUCUCUCAAAACUCAAGGUAAAAUGAAAAACUGUCCUUGGGAGAGCAGCUCCUGAGAGCUGUGACGGAGCCCCGCGGAUCGCUGCCUCCCUAAGGCUCAGCCCAGCCUGGAGCUGGGUGGCUUUGCUGCGAGGAUGGAAGUGCUGCGCCGCUCCUCCGUCUUUGCUGCAGAGGUGAUGGAGGUGUUUGACAGGUCUCCCACUGACAAGGAGCUUGUGUCCCAAGCCAAGGCCCUCUGCAGGGACUACAUCAACUCGAGGCUGAUCCGUGCAGGUGUCAGCUGGAGCAAACCUGAGCACAAUACCCCGGUGCCUGGCGGCAAGCUGGCUGAGGUGUCUGCCAUCCUGCUGCGCCUGGGGGACGAGCUGGAAUACAUUCGCCCCAACGUCUAUCGCAACAUCGCCCGCCAGCUGAACAUCUCGCUGCACUCGGAGACGGUGGUGACGGAUGCUUUCCUGGCCGUGGCUGCACAGAUCUUCACUGCAGGCAUAACAUGGGGCAAGGUGGUGUCUCUCUACGCCGUGGCAGCGGGGCUGGCAGUGGACUGUGUGCGUCAUGCACAGCCAGCCAUGGUCCACACCAUCGUGGACUGCCUGGGAGAGUUUGUCCGCAAGACCUUGGUGACGUGGCUGAAGAGGCGAGGAGGCUGGGCAGACAUCACCAAGUGCGUGGUGAGCACCGACCCCAGUCUCCGCUCCCACUGGCUCGUGGCCGCCAUCUGCAGCUUUGGGCACUUCCUCAAGGCCGUCUUCUUCGUGUUGCUGCCCGAGAGAUGAGUCCCACUGCCCCGUGCCCCAUCUCCUCCCCCACUCCAGAAGCAGUGGCCGUGGGCUCUGAAGAGGAGGAAAAGAAGAACUGGUACAGAUGCAACUUGUUCUCCACUCCCUUAGCUGGUGGCAGCUGAUGGACUUCAUUCUCCUUUGAUGGCCACAGGAGCCUCUCCCACCGUUCAUGUCUCAGGAACCCUGUUUCCCAUGGGGACCAGAGGAGGAAGGAGCUACGAUUUGAAAUGAAAUGGGAAGAAGAGAGGAGGAGCAGCCCUCCCCCACUGCAUGCAAUCCCCUUUCAGUCUUCAGACUCGCCUUGUGUCACUUCUUGUUGUUGUGUUUUGCUAAGACUCCAUCUCCUCCUCGCUCUCUGGACUCGCUCCUCCUCGCUCUGUGUCACUGGGCUCUCCCCACAGCACAGCGUGACAGACAGUACUGUGCUGUGAUGGGAUUUGCAUGGGAUGAAACCAGAUGUACCAUCAUCAGAUGCUUCCCCCUCUGACCUUCCUUGGGAAAUGCAUUUUGUGGUGUGUGUGCAGGGCAGCUGCAUGGGAUACAGUUGGCAAGGGCGCUGCUCUGACCUCUUCCGGAGCCCGCAUGCAUCACAUCAGACAAGGAACUGAGCAACAACUCAGGUUGGAAUUUUGCAGUGAAGACAAAGCUCAGUUUGUAAGUGGGACAGGUGAGAUGAGGGAAGCAGUAAGAGAGCUGCCUGGUGUCAGAACGGGGAAAGCUGUGUCAAAAGGAACUGCUUUAUAUUUCUCCCUUAUUGUCUUCAGGAGUACAGCCUAUAGUCCUCUUUGUAUUGUACAAUAAAAGCAAGUAGGUGUUGUUUAUUGUAAAGGGUAAUGUAUUUGUUUCCAGAGUUAAAAAUUCCAAAAAAGGCCAAAACAGUGCAGAGACCAACACUGGAGCCAUGCUAAAAAUACUCCAGCAUUUCCCCUGGUAGAAGAUGCUAAUGUGUUAAAAGCACCACCCGUCUGCUUCUUGUCGGGGUUUGGCCCAUGGUGUGGCCAUGACACAAGUGUUUGUUGCAGGGACAGGUGAGCUGCUCUUGUACAACCAGAGUGGGUGUAGUGUGCGUGGGGAGCUGAGCCAACCACACUGAGAGCACAGAGAGCAGUAACUGCAGUGGAAGCAGACUGCUAGGAGGAUGCAGCUUCUUUGUCUCAAAGAAGCUUACUAAAACCAGAUUUGUCCUUCCUGGGAGAACCUCAGCUGUGUGUCACUUGGAGUCAGACAGCUCUGCAGCUGGUAAAGUGCAGCCCAUCUUGUCAUGCCUUGUGCUUUAUGGGGUGUGGGUGAGCUCACGGAGCCAACAUGGUCACACUGCAACUGCAAAGACCUUCCUCAGUUUGGAUGCUACUUUGAAAUGUAAUGCUUUAGGCUAUGACUGCUCUUAGAAUAAACAAGGGAUAUCAGAGGGACCAACAAACAACAUCAAGAGUUAAAGGCACCAAUUAAGUCAGUUUGAGAAAAAGAUAAGAAUGAUAAGCCGAAGAAAGCAGCAUUGCUGGAAAGGAAUGUGUGUGGGUGGGAAGGGGCUGCACAUAAGGCAGACAGCAAUUCCAUCUGGAAGCUGCAGACUGCGAAGGGCUGAGGAAGAUCCCUGCGAGCAGGUCUCAGUCCUUCACCUGCAGCAAAAUGCAGCAUUACUCACAUCCUGGGUGCUGUGGAGGAUGUGGAUUCCCAGUGAUAUCCAUGUGUGGUUUUUGAGAGCUGGAUGCACAAUGCAUGGCUGGGCAAGCGGUGUGCAGAGAUGCUGGAGCAGCCGAUUCUCUGGCUUGUGCUCUCCCAGGCAGACUUCUGCAGCUUGCUUCUUCCUUUUCCCAUUUGCUAAUACGUGUGUGGACUGCAUUCAGCAUGCUGCUUGUACCAUGCCUGUUAAACCAGGAAAAUGCUUCCAGAGUCCCAUGGGCUCUGCUUGUGGGACAACCAUGCAGCCGGAGGAGCCCUGAGCUACUGGCUCCUAAACCACAAUGGCUCUUAAACUAUAUUCCUAACUCAGCCCAAAUUUUGGGGCUGUCAGAGUGUGUCUGCUUUCUCACUCCCUGUGCAACAACCACACUGACACCAGUCCUCCUACCAAAACAAAUAGCAAGCAGUACUGUUUGUGCUGUCAUGCAUUUCUAAGCAGUGGUUUCAAGCCUGAUUUAGCUGGGUAUUUAUACUGUGUUCAGCUCUACUUGUAAUAUUUAGGCAUUUCAGAGUACUUCCAGAGGUCCUUGACAAUCUCAACGAGUUUGUGGUUCUGUGGUUUCUUGUCCUUUUUAGUCCUACCUGAUGGAGGCGUCGGGUUGGUUGUUUAUCACCCCAGUAAACACCUUCCUUUUA